AUGGGCACUGGAAACUGGAGCAAGGUAACAGAAUUCAUCAUUUUGGGCUUCCCUCAUCUUCAAGGUGUCCAGACUUACCUCUUUUUCUUGUUACUUGUUAUUUACCUCACAACUAUCCUAGGAAACCUACUGAUAUUCCUGGUGGUCCACAUGGACUCCCGGCUUCACAUACCCAUGUACCAAUUUGUCAGCAUUCUUUCCUUCUUGGAGCUGUGCUACACAGCCGCCACCAUCCCCAAGAUGCUGGCAAACUUGCUCAGUGAAAAGAAGACUAUUUCAUUCUCUGGAUGUCUCCUGCAGAUCUAUUUCUUUCAUUCCCUUGGAGCUACUGAGUGUUAUCUCCUAACAGCUAUGGCUUAUGACAGGUACUUAGCUAUCUGUAAGCCCCUCCACUACCCCACCCUCAUGACCCCAGCACUCUGUACCAAGAUUGCUGUCGGCUGUUGGUUGGGAGGCUUGGCUGGGCCAGUGGCUGAGAUUUCCUUGGUGUCCCACCUGCCUUUCUGUGGUCCCAAUCGCAUUCAACAUAUCUUCUGUGACUUUCCUCCUGUGCUGAGCUUGGCUUGUACUGACACAUCUAUCAAUGUCCUGGUGGAUUUUGUGAUAAAUUCCUGCAAAAUCCUGGCCACUUUCCUGUUGAUCCUCAGCUCCUAUGUGCAGAUAAUCUGCACAGUUCUUAAGAUUCCCUCAGCUGCAGGCAAGAGAAAGGCCUUCUCUACCUGCGCCUCCCACCUUACUGUAGUUCUCAUCUUCUAUGGGAGCAUCCUCUUCAUGUAUGUGCGGCUGAAGAAGAGCUACUCCCUAGAUUAUGACCGGGCUCUGGCAGUGGUCUACUCAGUGAUCACCCCCUUCCUCAACCCCUUCAUCUACAGCCUACGCAACAAAGAGAUCAAGGAGGCUGUGAGGAGGCAGCUGAAGAGAACAAGGUUACUGGAGUGA